GAACCCCUAUCGCGAUUGCGACCACCGAACACAUCCGUGAUGCUCUGGAAGAGGAGGUUGUCCACUUAAGCCUUCACUCUUUGCGGGCCCGGAAAGGCCGCGCAGGAUAAAACCCUUUUCAGUCGUUGCUAUCGCGAAAUGGCACGCACCGUUGGUGUAGCUCGGGUGCUCUCGCUUCCAUGCCGUCCCAUACCGAAGCCGUCGCGCAUAGGCGUUAUGGCUAACACCAAGGUUUCGGCUUCCUUCAGCUCCGGACCAGCUAUCCAACAAUCGGCAACUUCAGCUCCAACGAGAACCGCCACGGCUAUACGAGCUUUCCGACAACCAAAACCCAACGUUCCCCAACUCGCGCUCUCAUUAACGGGCACACGAUCCCCUUAUUCCACGUCCGCCCCCUCACCAACCCACAACAAGUUCGUCUACAACGUCGCGGCAUCGUACAUCGCCAAAGGCCGCUCUUACGAUCCCUCGACCCACGUUUUCCAGUUCAACCCUUACAAUCGCGUGCAGCCACCGAAAGCCGGCCGUGGGAAAGCCUCGAGGCCCGAGUCGGGACAGGAUGCCUUCUUCGUCAGCCGCCUCGGCGCGGUCCCGGGCGAGGUCGCGCUCGGCGUAGCAGACGGUGUGGGCGGGUGGAUGGACAGUGGGGUCGAUCCGGCCGAUUUUUCCCACGCGUUCUGUGACUACAUGGCGUCCUCGGCCGUCGCGGCGACAGCCACAACGGAGGGAGCUGGGAAGCCAUUGACGGCGCGGCAGCUGAUGCAAAAGGGGUACGAAGCCGUCUGCCACGACCCGGCGAUCAAAGCCGGCGGCAGCACCGCCAUUGUCGGGCUGCUCACGGCCGAGGGCCUCCUCGAGGUGGCCAACCUGGGUGACAGCGGCUUCAUUCUGCUGCGGCUCAACGGGGUACACGCGUGCAGCGAGCCGCAAACGCACGCCUUCAACACCCCCUACCAGCUCAGCGUGGUGCCGCCAAGUAUGCUCCUGCGGGCGGCCAAGUUCGGCGGGGCACAGCUGAUGGACCAGCCGCGCGAUGCCGAGGUAACUCGCCUCCACCUCCGCCACGGCGACGUCCUCGUGCUCGCGAGCGACGGCCUUUGGGACAACCUCUUUAACCAAGACGUGCUGCGCAUUGUCAGCCGUACGAUGGCUCAGGCGGGCGCGUGGGCGAGCACGGAGCGGGGCGUGCAGGUGGCGGCGGACUUGAGGCCAUACACCUCGAUGGGCGAGGCGGAUACCCCGGCGAGCUCGCACCCCACGCUGCAGAGCAUGUUGGCAACGCAACUCGUCAGCGCCGCCAAGUCCGCCAGCGUCAACAGGAAGCUGGACGGCCCGUUCGCCAAGGAGGUGAAGAAGUACUACCCGCAUGAGGUGUGGCACGGCGGGAAGGAGGACGACAUCUGCACCGUGGUGGUGCUGGUGUCGGAGGAGGAGGCUCCCGCGAAGGCGAAACUCUGAGUACGACAUACACGACGCAUGACACACGACCGAGUUUGCGGCCACGCUGCCUACGGGCUACAACCCGGCGGCCAGACGACACGACAUGCGACCUUGAGAUUGGUGUUGUAAGGAAGGGGUUCAAAAGCCAGCCGCGAUCCCCUGAGUCUUCUGGACGAGCGUUUAUUGAUCCUCUUCCUACGGCUCGGGGCUAUUCCUCAACCGGGGGACAACCACCUUCUCGACAACCGGACGAAGAGA